UCGGGGGUGGGAGCAGCAGGAGGAGGGGAUUGCUGAUGUGGGCUGGUUCAGUGAGGAGCUGCAGGAUUCUCCUGCUUUUACAGGAGGCAUCAGCGCCGGCAGAGGUUGAAGAUAACCAAACCAAAGUUAGUUAAAGUCAGUCUACCUCCCAGUGACCAUGAGAAUCCUCCUACUCAUCUGCAUGCCAGUCGUGCUUGCUCAGGCCCAGUACCAGGAACAGGUUCCCUUCCCUGACUCGUAUGAGUAUUAUUCAGAAACCCAGAACCCAGAGCCUUUCCCUGGAUCCUACCAGCAGCAGGUCCAGAUUGAGCCUGCGGUCUUUCCGGAGAAGUCAGAUCCGACCUUUGAAACGGAGCCCACGGAGCCUGGACCGCUGGACUGCAGAGAGGAGCAGUAUCCCUGCACCAGACUCUACUCAGUGCACAAACCAUGCAAGCAGUGUCUGAACAGCCUCUGCUUCUACAGUUUGAGACGAGUUUACGUCAUCAACAAGGAGAUCUGCAUGAGGACCGUGUGCGCACACGAGGAACUGCUCAGAGCGGAUCUGUGCCGUGAUCAGUUCUCUCGCUGCGGUGUGAUGGCGCUGAGCGGUCAGUGCGGGUCGCUCGGAGGAAGCUGUGGGAAAAGCUGCGGCGGCUGCUGAUCCGGAUCGGGAACGCUGCCAGCAGGGAUACCGACUCCUCUCCUCUCCCUACUCCUCCGUACGGCUCCAUACUCUUGUGCUAGAAGCACUUUGAAUAUUUUUGUUGUUUUUUUUAACGUCUGCCCAGUAGAUCCUGUGUGUACUAUGAGGGAUCAACAAUAACACUGACGAAUAUGUGAGUCACUGGUGCUAUAAAACUUUUAGAGGUGCACAUGAAACCAUAAAAACUCAUUUUAUUCCUGUUGUUUUUUUUAAUCUUUUUUUGUAACAUUGUGCCAUAAUAAUCUCAUAUUUUGUGUUUGUACUGUACGUUUGUUGAAAAGCAGUCAUUAAUAGAGAUGAUCAGGAGAGACGACAAGAUGCUGCAGAACAUCAGCUUCAUUGGUCUGAAGGGCCGUCCAACCACCGCCUCUGUACUACUGCUUUGUAAAAAUGUCACCAUAAAAACUGAAAAAAAAAUAAAAUGUUUAAACUCCA